GGUAAGGUAAUUGUGGGAUAUAUGUCCAUCGCCCUAUAUAUAGCUCUCCUUAAAUAUCUGUUGUCCUGAGGUUGAGGAGCCCAUUUCUCUACAUUUACGUACGUACGUAUACCCAUUCUCCAUUAAUAAUAAUAAUAUUCAAAUCAACGUUAAUUGCUAGCUCAAGAAGAGGAAGAAGAAGAAGAAGAAGAAGAAGAAGAAGAAGAAGAAGAAGAAGAAGAAGAAGGAAAAUGGAUGUUUUGGGUCUUGUGAAGAUUCGAAUUCGUAGAGGCAUUGGUCUUGCUGUGCGCGACACCGUCAGCAGUGAUCCUUAUUGUGUUGUCUCCUGCGGUACUCAGAAGGUGAAAACUAAAGUGGUGAAGGGAAACUGCAAUCCUAUUUGGAAUGAGGAGCUCACCAUUUAUAUUAAGGAUCUAAAUGUUCCCAUCAUUCUGCAAGUGUUUGACAAAGACACGUUCACGGAUGAUGACAACAUGGGAACUGCUGUAAUAGACAUAAAACCUUUAAUAGAAUGUGUGAGAAUGGAAUUGGAAGAUCUGCCAGAUGGGACUCGAGUAGAUAGGAUUGUGCCGGACAGGCACAACUGCCUUGCUGAUGAGAGCUGUGUUAUAUGGAACCAAGGCAAAAUGACACAAGACAUGAUUCUCAGACUCAACAAUGUUGAAUGUGGCCAAGUUGAGGUUCAAGUUGAAUGGAUGGAAGACUUAGAAGAUUAUGAGGAAGCAAUGGAUAUGAAAAUAGAGCCAAAAGACGCAAAAUGGAAGGCAGUUUUUAAGAAGAAAACAUGGCAUGACAGAUUUGUCAACAGAAUUAGACGUGGACACGACUAGUGCAGCAUACACAUUCCUGAUCAAUGCCGACGAGUUGGAUCAAUUUUCUGGACAUCUUUGCUUCCUUUUUACUUCCUUUUAUACUUAUAUGUUUUAUCUAAAUUAUGAUGUUUUCAUCUUUUAUGUAUUACGUAGUAGUAGUUGUAGUAGUAGUAGAUUUUGAUUCAAAACUUUUCCUUCUUCUCUAGCUUUAUUAGGCAACUUAUAUUGUAUAAAUACAAGACAUAUUUUCAGCUUUAAGACAUCAAAUUCCAUGUGUCUCAUUUCAGCAA